CGCACCAUGACACUGGCCGCUAGCGUCGUUUGCUAAUUUAGCUAAUCUGAUUGCUCGUCUUGGUUGGGAGCACGUAACGUCAGACAGGUUUACCAAAUUUAGUUUCCCUUAUUUUUCAUUCCACAUCAAACAGCGUCUCGCUAGGGAAAUGGCGUCGCUUGGUGAGCCAGUACGUCUGGAGAGAGAUUGAAGGUCCGGAUAAAAAUGCAUGUGCAAUAUCCAGACAACCAUUUAAAAAAAAUACACAUCAAUAUAGAUGUGUGCUCAAUGUUCAUACAAUCAUGGGUGCCAGUGAUUCCAAAAACUGGAGGAACAUCUUGCCUCACUUCAGGUCAGAUAUUAAUCGUGCCAUUGAACUGCUUGAAAAGCUUCAGAAGACAGGGGAGGUUCCUCCUCAGAAGUUGCAGGCCCUGCAGAGGGUCUUACAGAGUGAAUUCUGCAAUGCUGUCAGAGAAGUUUAUGAGCAUGUGUAUGAGACAGUGGACAUAAACAGCAGUCCUGAAGUGAGAGCAAAUGCUACAGCAAAGGCAACUGUGGCAGCUUUUGCAGCAAGCGAGGGACACUCACACCCUCGUGUGGUGGAACUUCCUAAAACAGAAGAAGGCCUGGGGUUCAACAUAAUGGGCGGAAAGGAACAGAACUCUCCUAUAUACAUCUCACGGAUCAUUCCAGCAGGCAUUGCUGACCGACAUGGCGGCCUGAAGCGAGGUGAUCAGCUUCUCUCUGUCAAUGGGGUGAGCGUGGAAGGCGAGCACCACGAGAAAGCUGUGGAACUACUCAAAGCAGCUCAGGGCACAGUGAAGCUGGUAGUGAGGUACACUCCCAAAGUCCUCGAAGAGAUGGAGUCACGUUUUGAGAAAAUGAGGUCGGCGAAGCGUCGGCAACAGAACAACUAUCCCCAGUAGGGUUGUUUCAUGUCGACGCCAGUUUUUACGGCUUUCCCCUUCCAGCCUUCAGGCCAUCUGUUCUGGUCUCUUUCUUAUAUUUAAACUCAAAAACAUUCUAACCUACAUACACAUAGUUUUAGUUGAUUGACACAAAAGUAUGUAUGCUGUACUUUCUACAACAUUUUAAAUAUUCACUCACAGGUUACUGUCCUGGACAAAACGGCUAAGGCCAUCUCCGUAACUGGGAAACGCAUUCAGGCCUCUAUUUUGUACUACAUCUGUCGUGUAAUACAAAAACUCCACAGAUGCACAUCCAUUCAAAAGUCAGAUUCCCCCCCACCCCCCUAAAUAAAGUUUCACAAACACUUUGUUUCAGCCACCUGAGAGUUGUCCAGUAUUCCAGCUGCUCUGUGUUUACCUGCAAGUGGUGAAAAAACUUAUCGGUCUCAUAAUUGACCCCUCCGUACAGGGCACUUAACCACGCCUCCUGAAGUUACGUCACCCCACGCUUGCUAACCUCAGACAAACAAUUAGCAAAAAUGGCGUCGCAGGAAGAAAAGACGAGAGCGAAAUUGUCCGAUUUACCAGCUGAUUUCUCACUCGCAUUCUUAGCGAAUGGUGAAAUAUCGUUGAAAAGCAGACAGCAGGGCUUCAAGUAUUUCAGCGAGGGGUAUUUCAAUGGUAUUUACAUGCAUAUCGAUGGAGAAACCAUCGAUAUUAGCGCGAGAUCUUUCCGGAGUCAGAGGAAGACCGAGAAGCCACAUAAUAUAUUAUAACCCAAAGACGAAUUCGUCAUUGACAGUUUCUUAUUUUCGUGUUACCUAUCACACUUGUGUCCAGAAUCUGUAUGUGUAUCUGUAUGGCCGUUUGUGAACCGCCGUAUGAAGGAAAAGAAGGCGAGGCUUGAUUUACGAGUUGUUUCUCUCGUUUUCUUUGUGUAACGUCACGCGCUCCCCUCAAUAAUUAUUCUUGAAUUAGUGCCGAACCUAUGUAAGUCCCGACCGAGUACGACAAUCACUACUUUAGUGUCCUCAAACAUCCUUCCUUCAGUCUUUGUGUCUCGGUGCACGUCGAAGGCUUUUAGGACUCGCUAGUCCGGUUUAGCUUAGCUCGGGAGCCGCUGAACAGAGACACGUUUGUGCAGUCAGAUCAUUGCAAAAUAUCGCUCAACACAGAUCAAGUGUGUCAAUCAUUCACACUUAGCUAUGUUAUGCAAGCGAAGAACUGCUAAUUCAUUUAUAUGAGACAUGUAGUGAAAAUCAAAUAUAGGGCUUACCUUCGUGCAAACAUAUCUGUUCCGGUUGAUUUUAGAUGGAUUCAGUUGAUCAUGCGAUCUUCCACAAAGUUUGAUCCAUCGAAGACAUUUUUCGUACUCGGUCUUCUGUUCCGGUUGAUUUUUAGAUGGAUUCAGUUGAUGAUGCGGUCUUCCACAAAGUUUGAUCCAUCUAAGACAUUUUUCGUACUCGGUCGUCGGUUUUGGAAAGGGUACAAAUUGAACUCCACCAACUAGCCUAUCAGGAUACCUGUCGUCACUAUUAUAAAGUCCGUGACUACACCUCUUAACCAUAUCUAUUGUUAAGGAACCCAAAUACGUGAUAAAACGCUAACAAAAGCUAUACUGGACCAUGCGACUUUGUCAGAGGUAAUGGUGGACGCCAACAAGGGGCGUGGUUUAUGCAGAUCUCUGGCCUCUGAUUGGUCAGCGACGCGGAUGACGCAAUUUCUACGGAGGGGUCAAUUGGAACAUCUGCUGUUUCGUAGGUGACAUGUUCAUUUUGGGAAGUUUCUCCAUCAGCUUACGAUUGUCAGCAUAACUCACUCACACUUUGUGCAUUACUUUUGCAAUUGGCAGUUUAAAUAGUACUUUAACAAGAACGCCUAAGCUACUAUCAACCAAAUAAGUUCAGUUCCUUUUUUUUUUUUCUGCAGAUUGUUCAUAAGACCCAUUUCUGGAGUUUAGAGUUAAUAACUGUAAACCUUUUUCAAGAGAAAUGUAAAUGUCCUAAAUGAAAGACGCAGACUACAAAAAUGUUUUAUAGCAUGCAUUGGUUUGAAGGUUUGGUGUGCCACGCUACAACCAACUCAUUAAAAGUUGUGAUGAAUGUCUCCUUAGUCAUCUGAAUUUAUAAGCUAAAACAAAACUGUAUGACCUUACCAAGCGACAAAUAUGCUAUUGAUCACACACUGUAUGCAGCCACUGCAAUGUCUGCAGAAUAUUAGCACAUUUAUUUACACUUAUUUUAUAGCACGGCGUUCUUGAAAAGGAAUAAAUGUAGGAAGCUUUGCAAAAGAAAAAUGUGUCAAAACAAUCAGCAGAAUCAUGAUUUUGGCAUUUAGUAUUUUAGCUAUCCUGUGAAUAAUGGGUCUGUAGUACGCAAUCGUGAGUACAAAUGCAAAAUCUGUAGUAUCAUCCUCCUGUAUUUUUUUUUUUCAUGAUCUGUCGUGUUUUUGGAUAUUGAUUGUCAAAAAGACAUAUUAGCUCUACCACGGUGACCUAGUGUACCCUUUCAAUGAAAGAAAGUUGUUUUCUAAAUCACUAGUGGAAUGUCAAAGUAUUAUUUCAAAGUGUGGUCUUAUUUCUAACGGUAAAAUGUUUUUAACAAGUUGAGCAAUUUUGCGUUACUUGGAUUUUCCUGCUGAGUGCUAAUAAUUCUAGUAUGAAAGGCUAGCUCACAAAAAUGAAAUUGUAAUGUACACGCCAAUCUAUGCAAAGUAUUUACAAAAUGGGGGGAAAUGAUCCUCAGCUGCAAAAUAGUUUGUUUUAAUGUAGAAUGUCAAUCAAGAAUGUGUCCAAGAACUGUGCAAUGUUGAAUAUUAAGCAUCCAUUCAACUAGCACAAGUACAUUUGAGUAACAAAAGUUGGGGGAGAAUGUCAGGGGCUUCACCUCUACUAGUCACUUGUUAGCUAGUCUCCUUGUGUUUCGGUGAUGCACCAUUUUGUGUACAUAGUUGGUGGAAUAUUCUAGUGUAUGUUUAGUUUAUAUUUCACAGAAGCAUCUUCGAUUUCCUGCUCACACACAGUUUAACACACUCUGAAUGUCACUGUCCGUAGUCUUAUGUUGCAAGGUGAUCAUUUAAUUCUAGCCAUUUGACGCAAUCUUCCUAUUGGGGUGGUCAAGAGUAUUUUUUAUAAUGGCUUUCUUUUUAUAUUUUUCUGAAUUUUUGUAAGUGUUUUUGCUAAUAAAAAACAAUCGAAGGACAUUGUGAGAUUGUCUGGGCUGAGUGUGUAGCAGGGCUGUAUUUGGACAGCAAUGGAUAUGUUUCCAAUUACGCCAUAUUGCGUGUCAUAGAGGUCAGAGAACACAGGUGAUAGGUGAAGCGUGAAGUUUUUUUCUAUUGUUAAUAUAUCCGAUUGGUCUAAGGGUGGCGGCGACGUCAUUGGAAACCUAUCCAUUGGAUGUCAGGACUCUGUAGAUAAACUGGCCUACUUAAACCCACCCUUCUGAGAUUUCCACUGGUCUUUGUGUUCUCUCAAUUCCAAGACCAAGUUUCCAGCAUAUGUGAAGCUUUUGAUAAUGUUUUGAAAUAUGUUAGUCGUGUUUAUUGAGGUUGUUUUCCUGACUAUUGUGUUUGUGUUUUCUUUUUCUUAUUCACUAUGUAAUGUUCAUAUGGAAUGUAAAAUGUAGUUAUAAAAGUGAAAGUUAAAAUAAAAGACAAAUUUAA